AAGCUGAUUCAUGACCAUACUAACUUGAUGAUGCUGAUCUUGAAUAAAACAGAUCUGACCCCAGCUUCAUUCAUUCUUAAUGGGAUCCCAGGCUUGGAGGACAUGCAAAUCUGGAUUUCCUUCCCAUUCUGCUCCAUGUAUGUUGUGGCUGUGGUUGGGAAUUGUGGACUCCUCUACCUCAUCCGCUAUGAGGACUCCCUGCACAGAUCCAUGUACUACUUCUUGGCUAUGCUUUCUCUAACUGACCUUGUCAUGUGUUCCAGCACAAUCCCUAAAGCCCUGUGCAUCUUCUGGUUUCACCUCAAGGAAAUUGGAUUUGAUGAAUGCCUGGUCCAGAUGUUCUUCAUCCAUACCUUCACAGGGAUGGAGUCUGGGGUGCUCAUGCUUAUGGCCCUGGACCGCUAUGUGGCCAUCUGCUACCCUCUGCGCUACUCAGUCAUCCUCACCAAUGAUGUCAUUGGGAAGGUUGGGCUCGCCACCUUCCUAAGAGGGGUGUUGCUCAUUACUCCUUUCACUUUCCUCACCAAGCGCCUUCCCUACUGCAGAGGCAAUGUCAUCCCUCAUACAUACUGUGACCACAUGUCUGUAGCCAAAUUAUCCUGUGGCAAUGUCAAGGUCAACGCCAUCUAUGGUUUAAUGGUAGCCCUCCUUAUCGGAGGCUUUGACAUCCUGUGCAUCACAGUCUCCUACACCAUGAUCCUCCGGGCCGUGGUCAGCCUCUCCUCAGCAGAUGCUCGGCAAAAGGCCUUCAGCACCUGCACUGCCCACAUCUGUGCCAUCGUCUUCUCCUACAGUCCUGCCUUCUUCUCCUUCUUUUCCCAUCGCUUUGGGGGCCACACAAUCCCUCCAUCUUGCCACAUCAUCGUGGCCAAUAUUUAUCUGCUUUUGCCUCCCACCAUGAACCCUGUUGUCUAUGGGGUGAAAACUAAGCAGAUACGAGACUGUGUCAUGAGGAUCCUUUCAGGUUCUAAGGACACCAAGUCACACAACAUAUAAAU